CCCCUCCACGAAGGGAGGAGGCGAAAGGCUGCUGGCGUCGUCUCUGCAUGGCCGCGGGCAGCCGGGGACAGCAGUCCCGCGCCCGCCGGGCACAGCCGCCCCUCCACUCUUUAUAGUGGGCACCGCGGUCGCAGGCAACGCCAUUGCCGGGCGGUGACACACGCACAUCUUCACCACCGGCCGCAGCGGAGGACACGGCUCCCCGGCCGCUUUCCUUCCCUACACAAAGAGAAGGCGCGGAAACGUGCGCGGACGGGGCGGGAGGCGGCUCGGUACCUCCCCGGGGCAGCGUGACAGCCAGCCGCGGGCAAAGGCUGUGACCUGGACUCCUUCCUGAAAAACCGCCGGUCUUUUUCUUCCUCUUUUACCAGAGGGAGCUCCCGGCAACCCCGGUCCAGGCUGUUCCGCUGGAUGGCGGUGGAAGGCCGCCCUGUGGGGCUGGGCGCUUAUCCGUAGCAGCGCCGGUCUCCAGCCACUGCGGCGGGGCGCGGAGUCGGGCACAGCCCAACUAGGGCUUCGCCUCAGCCGCCUUCUCCGGCGUAGCUCGGGCCUCUUCCCGCCUCCCCGCUUAGUCGCCGGACAUCGCAGCAGGCAUGGGCUGUUUCUGCGCGGUCCCGGAGGAAUUUUACUGCGAAGUUUUGCUCUUGGAUGAGUCCAAGCUGACCCUGACCACCCAGCAGCAGGGCAUCAAGAAAUCAACGAAAGGGUCGGUUGUCCUGGGCUACGUAUUUCGUCACUUAAAUCUAGUGGAGAUAGAUUAUUUCGGACUGCGCUACUGUGACCGAAGUCAUCAAACGUACUGGCUAGAUCCUGCAAAGACCCUUGCUGAACAUAAAGAAUUGAUAAACACUGGACCACCAUACACCCUGUAUUUUGGCAUUAAAUUCUAUGCAGAGGAUCCAUGUAAACUUAAAGAAGAAAUCACAAGGUAUCAGUUUUUCUUACAGGUCAAGCAGGAUGUUUUACAGGGCCGUUUGCCGUGUCCAAGCAACACUGCAGCACAGCUGGGAGCAUAUAUAAUUCAGUCUGAGCUGGGGGACUAUGACCCAUAUAAGCACACUGCAGGUUACGUCUCAGAGUACCGCUUUGUUCCAGACCAGAAGGAAGAGCUGGAGGAAGCCAUAGAGCGGAUACACAAAACUCUGAUGGGUCAAGUUCCUGCUGAGGCAGAACUGAACUUCUUAGGGGUGGCCAAGUCCCUGGAAAUGUAUGGAGUGGAUCUCCAUCCUGUUUAUGGUGAAAACAAAUCUGAAUAUUUUUUAGGAUUAACACCCAUAGGAGUUGUUGUCUACAAGAAUAAAAAACAAGUAGGAAAAUAUUUCUGGCCUAAAAUUACAAAAGUUCACUUCAAGGAAACACAGUUUGAGCUUAGAGUCCUUGGAAAAGAUUGCAGUGAAACUUCCUUCUUUUUUGAAGCACGUAACAAGAUCACAUGCAAACAUCUCUGGAAAUGCUGUGUGGAGCAUCAUAUGUUCUUCAGAGUGCCAGAGAAUGAAUCAAACUCUCUGUCAAGAAAAUUCAGCAAGUUUGGAUCCAUAGGUUAUAAACAUCGGUACAGUGGCAGAACAUCUUUGCAAAUGACCAGAGACCCUUCUGUGCAGCUCCCGCGUCCUGACCAAUGCAUUGAAAGAAGUCGCAGCAAGACUUACCCCAAAAGAACACAACAGACAGGAUCUAAGAACAUGAACCGGAUUACCACAAAUGAGGAGGAUGAAGGAACUACCAAAAUUAUUGCACCUUCCCCAGUGAAAAGUGGGCUGUAUAAUUCACCUAGUGAUCGCAGUAAAUCGCCAAAAUUUCCUUGCUCUCGGCGGUGCAACCCAUCAGGUGGCAGUGACAAUGAGUCUGAGCAGCCAGUCCGGAGGAGGAGAAAUCAAAACAGUGGCGAAGAUUCAUAUAUAAAGCAAAGGAGAAGAUCACGAUCUCGCUGUAACACCAGCAGCGGCAGUGAAUCAGAAAAUUCUAACACAGAGCAUCGGAAGAAAAGAAACAGAUUACGGCAAGAGAAUGACAUGAUUGACUCAGCUCCCCAGUGGGAAGCUGUGUUACGGCGUCAAAAGGAGAAAAAACAGGCAGACCCAACCUACCGGCGAUCCAGGCACAGAUCUCGUUCGAGAAGCCCAGAUGUACAAGCUAAAGAAGAACUGUGGAAACAUAUUCAGAAGGAGCUUGUGGAUCCAUCUGGUCUGUCUGAAGAGCAAUUGAAAGAAAUUCCAUACACUAAAAUAGAGACUCAAGGUGACCCGAUCCGCAUUAGGCAUUCACAUUCCCCUCGAAGCUACCGCCAGUAUCGGCGGUCCCAGUGCUCUGAUGGUGAAAGAUCUGUCCUGUCUGAAGUGAAUGCAAAAACGGAUCUGGUACCUCCACUGCCUAUUACACGAUCUUCAGAUGCAAGAGGUCCCAGCAUCCAGUUGACUCAACAGAGACAGAAUGGAUCUGAAGACAGCUUAAUAGAAGAAAUAUCUCUGCUAUCCACUAACAACAUUGAUGGAAAACCCACCACUAAGAUCAUAAAAACUGUACAGGUGUCACGCUUUAAGGUGGAGACUUGACUGCCGUAACUGAAAAUGUUGAAUAGACUUUCUUCUUCGGAAAUUGAGAAUUUUCUGUGUGUUUGCAAAGAAAGAAACUGAAGUCUACAUGGUGGCAGUUUUUCUGGGACACUCAGAAGGGCCUGCUUGCUGGGAAGGCCAAGCAAUGCUUUUAUUACUGACAUCAUUCUAGUGGUGUGACUGAUUGAGGAGAAGCUGCCUAAUUAGACAGCCAAAAAGAAAAGUCAUAGUAAAGCUGAAUCAUCAGCAGUUACAUUUCCAAAAGAAUGAAAAAAAAAGAAUUUUCUGCAACAAAACAGGCUGCAUGGUCUGCUGUGUAACUGAAUCGCCUUUUUCCAAAAAAAUGACUGUUAACUCACAUGAUCAGGACCAGACACUUCAAAAGAAGUGAAAUAGUCAUGGUUUUGGCCAAUCGUGCAAUACAGUGUGAUAUGGGGAGAAUUAUCUUGACAAUUUUAUAUUAUGGGGAUCAACUUGUGUCUUGAGAUACAGGGACUGAUGACUAUUGCAAGGUUUGUUUUAGCAUAGAGCUCUUACAAGUUUUAUUUUAGCCUAGCACAACAGAUGCUUAUGUUGUUCAUACAAAUGUUGACUCGACCAGCUUUAGUUCAGAAAUAAUAGACUGGAUAACACCCUCUAGUAGAGAGUUCCAGAGGUGAUACAGACUUACUUUCCCUUGGCAGGUUUAAGUGUUCUCAAUUUUGAAUGCCCUUUUAGAGGCAACAGAUGGGCUAUUUAAUUGGAUAUUUCACACCAUAGAAAUACAUCUGUCACCUUGUAGUGAACCACACUGGAAGAAAAAUGGAAAAUACGUACUGACCCACCAUAUUUAGACUUCUUAGCAAGGAACUUAAGUACUGGCUAAAUAAAACUUGUGGAGUAGGAUGUAAGACAGCUAGCAAAUAGCCUUUUUUUUUUUUUUUUAAAUCGAGAUUAGCAAAGGCUGCCUUAAUCUCUUUUUAUAUGACAUAAUCAAUGGUAGUACCUUCUGAUACUUUUCUCUGAGCCAUUUCUACUAUGAUAAAAUGACAAAGGCAGUAUUUCGGGUAUAAUUGCAUUUUUUCCUCUAUUGACACGGUAGGAAUAAAUAGUAAGUUUAAA